AUGUGUAAUGAGAAAACUCUGUUGUAUGUAGAGCACCGUUAUGUCUGCUCAGAGUGCAGCCAGCAGUUUAGUUCCUUAGAGGAUGCUUUGGUGCACCAGCAGAGCCACAUGUGCUCCCAGGAGCAGCAGUAUGAAGUAGUCGGGUUGGCAGAAGCCGGGUUGAUGGCAGGUGGCGAGACUGGUCUCUAUCAAGCAGUGACUGUGCAGGAAAGCCAGUACCAGUGUUUGGAGUGUGGACAGAUUCUCAUGUCUCCAAGUCAGUUGCUUGAACAUCAGGAGAUGCACUUGAAGAUGGUUACUCAUGAACCAGAACCAUUGGUCAAGCCUCUGAGUUCCAGUCAAAUACACUACGAGUGUAUAGAAUGCAAAGCCAUGUUUACCAGUCAGGAUGUGUGGCUUGCCCAUCGUCAGACCCACCGCAAACCACCAGAACCAGUAGCUGCUGCUCCUCCUCCUCCUCCACCACCACCACCACCUCCUCCUCCUCUUCAGCGCCAGGCCCUUGUAAACCUGGAACAUUCCUACCGUAAGCCAGAGGAAGGAGGGGAUUCCUGUGGAACUGUGCAGUUAUUGCUCUACGAGUGUGGCGAAUGUUUCCAGCUGUUCCAGUCAACCACAGACUUCCUAGAGCAUCAGGCCUCACAUCAAGUGAUCCAGCCAACCCCAGGGGCACAGAUUAGGGAGUUGCCUGCUUCUUGCCCUGCAGAGCCAAAAGAGUUAUUGCCGCCAAAUUUAAUGGGCAUACAAAACGGGGCUGUGCCGGCACAAAUCCAGACUAGCGUCACAGCCACAGAUCACAGUUACGAACUGAAAAACAACCCCGGGGAGCAGCCACCCCGUAAAGCGAAGCAGGCCGUGAAGGAGUAUUUGUGCACCGAGUGUGACCAGCUCUUCCCAUCAUCCCAUAAGCUGCAGCUGCACAUGAGGAGUCACCGGCAGGGUGCCUUCAAAUGCCCACUUUGUAGUAAGGUGCUGCCAUCUCCAGCUGCUCUCGAGAAACAUCGGGAGGAGCACAGUGGCGAGUCCCGCUUCCUCUGUGUGGAAUGCGGCUUGGGCUUUGGCACUGAGGCGGUGCUGCUGUCCCAUCGGCGCACCCAUUCGUCAAACCCCAUGUACCGCUGCACCUGUGGCAAGAGUUUUAUCAACAUGACCAAGUUUCUCUAUCAUCGGCGCUCCCACAGCGCCAAUUCAGCACAGAUCUACGAAUUGCCUUCCUCUCCCCCUGAGGACCAGCCCCUCGAGGAAGAGCCCCCGGAAGCCUCAGAGCAACCGGAAGAAAAGCAAGAAAUUGUCCCUCUGGCCCUCAUUUGUUCUGUGGGCAGCAGCGUCGCCUCUGUGGAGGGCGGCGCCCAGGAGAAAAAACCGGUGGAGUUUCAGUGCCAGAUAUGUAGCAAGGCCUUUCCCAAGCAGACCCAGCUGUCGCGCCAUCAGCGCUUUGCCCACAAGAUGGAGCGCCGCCACAAAUGCUUGACGUGCGGCAAGAUGUUCAAGAAGAAGUCCCACAUGCGCAACCACCUCUUGACGCACACAGGGGAAAGGCCGUACCACUGCAAGGAGUGCGGCAAAAGCUUCAAUUCCCCGGCCAAUUUGCAGCGCCACCGCUUGACGCACACGGGCGAGCGUCCCUACCGCUGUGACAUCUGCCAAAAGUGCUUCACACAGUCGUCCACGCUGCAGCAGCACCUCCUGGUGCAUAGUCGCCACUAUCCUUACAAAUGCCAGGAAUGCGGCAGUGUAUUCCACCGGCCUUACCGCCUGCUUAUGCACCGCUAUCACCACACCGGGGAGUAUCCCUACAAGUGCCAGACCUGCGGCCGUUCUUUCUUGCUUCGCCGUCUGCUGGAGGUUCACCAGUUGAGUCACACUGGCCAGCAGCCGCAUCGCUGCACCUCCGGCUGCGGGGCCGCCUUUGUCACAGCCGAGCAGCUGAAGGAACACAAGUGUGGCAAGAUGAGUCGCCACUUCGAGUGUUCCGUGUGCGGCAAGAAGGUUGGCUCAACGGUGCAGCUGAGGGCCCACGAACGGCUGCACGGGGACAUCCAGAUCCCUGAAGGGGGGGUCGAGGAGGAACUGCCGGUUCUGGAACCACCUCCACCCCGUCCCCGUCGCCCCGCCUGCCCAAAGGCCUUUGAGUGCAGUGACUGCAAGAAAUUGUUCAGCACAGAGACGUCCCUGCAGGUCCACCGCCGCAUCCAUACCGGGGAGCGUCCCUACCCUUGCCCGGAUUGCGGGAAGGCCUUCCGGCAGUCCACCCAUCUCAAGGAUCAUCGGCGCUUGCACACCGGGGAGAAGCCCUUUAAAUGUGAAGAGUGUGGGAAGGCCUUUACGAUCGCGGUGCGGUUGGCCGAGCACAAGCGCAUCCACACGGGGGAACGCCCCUACCACUGCGAUGCUUGCGGGAAGGCCUACCGCUCCUUCUCCAACCUCUGGAAGCAUCGUAAAAUGCACCAGCAGCAGCGGCUGCUGCACGAGCAGGAAGUCAUGGCCGAGGCCAUGGCUGCCGCCGCAGCCGCCGCAGCUGCAUCAGCAACAUCCUCAGCCUCGGUGGUCUCGAGCGAACCCGUCUAUGGCAACACGGUGGCCAUUAUGGAAACCAUCCCCGUAGUGGAGACCAUUGAGAUCUACCCAACGGAUGGAGGUGUUCACUUUGAGAAUAUCCAGGUGGAAAAUGUCCAGAUUGGGGGCGUUUGAGUCAGGCUGGGGGGAGUGAAGAGGGGCAGCUGGUCUCUUGUGGUAGACUGGGAGCUCCUGCUCUUUGGCUCCCCCUUCGCAGGCUCUGGUGUUUGCCGAAACGGUUCCUCCUCCUCCUCCUCCUCACUUCUGCUGCUCUCUGCAUCCCUGGAAUGAGAUCGCAUCCUUUUAUUUUCCCACCUGUUCUGUAAAUGAGCCAGGCGUCGCUUUGCCCCACCCACUUCCCACUCAGAUAGCCGUACUGAUGGCUGGGCACACUCCAUGCCAUCCUGUGGUCUGAUUCUCCCCUUCCCUUCUGGUUGGUAUUGGCCUGUUUUUUCUCCCUUCUCAGCAGAACGAACCGAUUGCCCCUUCCAACUUGAGCAACCUUUGGCCCUAGCAAUGCCCAUGGCAACCUUCUCUACAGUUGAGUCCUUCUAAUGCUAUUUUUUGGGGUGUUAGGUGGGUGGGUGGGGGUGUUGUUGUUGAUCUUCUUCUUGCUUGGGACUGAACUGGGUUGUAAAUACCUCUUGAAUCUGCUCUGUUCACUAUUGAACUGUUCACUAUCUGUUUUGCUGUUGGUUUCCUGCUCUCAAAGAUAUCCUUCAUGAUCCAUGAUAUGAAUUAUUUUAAUUAUUUUGUUUCUUGCUAACUGAGCUCAUUCCCAUGGCUGUGGGAGCAUUUUGUUAUUUCAUACGAAAAUAAAAUAGAAAU